UUCUCACUUCGCCUCACACACUCCUCCUCACACACUCCGUCCUCGGCAAUCCUUUCCCCAGCAGCCAUACUAUAGCCAUGCCUAACAGAGACACUAAGGGCGCCGAUAGCACCAAAGGCACGAGCGCCGUCUGCUCUUGCUCUGUCUGCUCCUGCCCCAUCCACAAUGGCCUCACUCUUGAGUCGCUCUCUCGUCAAGUGUCCAAGCUCCAGCUCGAGGUUCUCCGUCUGAAAACCUCUCAGGCCCAGCAGCCUGCAAGCGAUCCUGUACCAUCCUAUUCCUCAUCCGUCCUGCAGGCAGAAGGAUCCGCAAUUCCGAACCAAGGUCCACCUCAGAGUAUCGCUCAGGAUGAUGUACUUCUUGGUGAGCUGCAGCGAGACUUGGCUGCAACCGCAUCAUCCCUGGCAACUCAAUCACUGGAUAUAUUGUUGGGCCGACUCGAAAAAGUCGAGCAAACGCUCGCAGUACUGUCCUCUCCCUCAACAUCGACACCUGGGAACCAUCAAAACCAGCAACAGCCUAAGGACCAUCAAGACCAGCAACAGCCUAGGGACCAGAAGCGGAACAAGAAACCGGAGUCAAACCAGCCGCAAUCGGCCUGUGAUGACAAUGAUUCUCUGGAGAGAAUACUUCUUCGGUCCAAAAUCGAGGCCAUCAAGCGAGCAAUGAUCGACAUUGAACUACACUCACCGCUGGGUACUGCAAAGCCAGCACUGCCGGACCCUGCAUCAACUGACAACGAUAUCUACAUCGUCUGGUGUGAGUCUUCUAAUAUCAACGAAUACAAACAAGGGCUUUUCAAGCUAAUUAAGAGCUUCCAAGUGAAGGAGGAGCAGGAAAGGAAGAGACUGCGUGAUUUGGACACGCGUGUAUACGAGAACGACGAUUCACCCCACCGACGGCACCUGCAGUCCAAGAUUGCCCUUCUCAAGGAGGUCUUAUUCAAAUUCCAGCCCCAGAAGGCAGCAGGAGAGAAAUGGCCGGAUCUCCCUUCUGAUGCCGUCUCGAUGGAUGUCGACCUGUUCCUGCUUUGGUGUAUUCAGACGCCUGCCUAUGGAGCUUUUCGAAAGACGGGUCAUUCGAAAAGGUCCCUCCUGACUUAUGUGACGGGGUCUUACGAUUACGAGGUGGAGGCUGCUUGUUUACUGGCUCAUUUGCAGAACAAGGACGAAGAAGAGAGACAACACCUGGUCGAGCGGAGGUGUAUUCCGCACUAGAGAACGGGACCAUGAGCGCGGUGGACGGGAGGUUUUUGAUUGACUAAGUUCUUCAAACAAACGCGGCGGUUUCAAAAAGUUUAGUAGCCUACAAUUCAAAGUAAAGACAUCUUCAAUAGCACCUCGGCG